UAUUUCACAAACAAAAUAGAAUGAAACAAUAACCCGUGGUUUGCGACGAUGGAGAAGAAUAUGCAAUAAAGAACCUUAUUUGUGCUUAUAGUUCUUUUGGAAACUACAGGCCUUGCGUGAUCAAGAGAGAGUCGCUAGAAAAGCUAGCUCACUAGUGAGGUAGUAUAAGUCCGCUCUUAUAAAUACUGACCGCUACGAUAUACGGAUAUUCGCCGAUAUUUCCGUGCCAACAAAGUCCGGGUUUUGUACAUGUAAGAUGAUUCACCGUGUGGUAUGAUAUAGUCCUGUUGAACACAAUAUAUACGUGGGUCUAAUUUUUACUUGUUGCUGAUAUUCUGCCAACCUUGUUCAGUUCAAAUAAACAAUACGUGUACGGGUAUUUUGCAAUAAUCUUACAUGUAUUUUGCAAUUAUAUCACAAGUCGGUCACAUGACCUAGGUAUUUUAUACGGUAUAUCGCGCUGAGUGAUCGGCACCCUACUAACAACACCCGCACUGCCAUUAGUGGUCAUUAGUCUAUUUUACAGGUAUCGCUAUGUCGGGACCGGUUCAGACACAACAGCCUGCACAAGGGGAACAAUGGAUGAACAUGUCAGGCGUUCCUCCGGGGCUGGACUACUUGGCCAGCUUGGACCAGAUGAUUGUUAAACAGAGAGUGGAACUGAUGGAGUUGCUUACUGGCUGUGAAAUGCGCAACAAGUAUGAUGUACUAAACAGUGUUGGACAACAGUGCUACUUCGCAGAGGAAGAAUCUGAGUGUUGUAACCGAAUUUGCUGUGGACCAAUGCGAGAAUAUGUUAUGCACAUCACAGACAACACACAACAGGAAGUGAUGAGGAUCAGCCAUGACUUUGUCUGUUGCGUAGGAUGUUGCUGGUGUGCCACCGACUCUUCCUGUGGAUAUGAAGUCAAAAUCGAGGCUCCGGUCGGAAACAUAAUUGGCUACGCCAAACAACAAUCCUCAAAAUGGAAACCCCACAUUCGCGUUUUUGACGCUAACCGUCAGCCGAUGUACGCCAUACGGGGACCUUGUUGCUGGGGGUGUCAGAAUAUUUGCUGCACAGACGAUAUUGACUUCCCUAUAACUGAUCUAACGGAGCAAAAUGUCUUAGGACGGAUGUUCAAGCGCUGGGCCGGAUGUGGACGAGAAAUGUUCACCGAUGCCGACACAUUUGGAGUCACAUUCCCAAUGGAUAUGGCAGUGACAAGCAAAGCCCUUUUGUUUGGGGGGCUUUUCCUUGUGGAUUUCCUUUACUAUGAGCAACAAAAGAAUAAUAACAAUUAAGAUGGAGAAGUUGCUUUGUGAAUUAUAACCCUGAGAAGUGAAACUCACAGGAUAAAGGGGCAGAAAAUGUUACACCCCUGGAACCGAAUGACUGUUUACAAAACUGAGGACUAUUUUUGAUAUUCAUGUUGUGCCAUCAUAGUCCUGUAUAUUGUAUUGUUUCUAAUUGUUCUGUCAUGCAUUGUACACACUGUUUUAUUGAAACUCUUUUAAAGUAGCCAUCGACUAGUAUAUUAAUUCAUGUAGUCAUUUUCUACAACACUGAUAUAUCAGAUUUUACAUUCGUUAUUCACCAUGUGAAAAGUUUUUAUAAACAGUUGACAUACUGAAUAUGAUCUUUCACAUUUUAUCUCACCAUAUAAACCAGUGUAUUUAUUUCACUUUUUAAAAACAUUUCGUAUUUACUUUUUUAUUUUUAUUUUUGACAUCUUUACAUUUCUAAUACUGUUUUGACAUAUUAUGAAUACUUACUAAUAUCUUUACACAAGAGUUAAGAAAAUAAAAGUAAAGUUUGUUA